GGAUUUUUGGCUAAUAUAUCCAAAAAUGCUUUUUUGAUUUUUGGGGGUCAAAACUCAGAAAUUUAAAAAAUCCGAGAUAGCAAUUUUGUAGCCCUGUCAAUUCUACACCUAUUAUGUCUGGUCAUUUUUUCUGUAUCUUCAACGAUGUAGGCCUGACAGGUCUUCUCGCGAAGGUCUUUUUUCGGUCGAAAAUGACAGAACAUGACGUCAUUCUGACGUCAUUUGUGGCCAACCUAUCAUAGCCUCUGGAAAAAUUUUAGUCACAAUGUGUAAAAUUGAUGCCCGGAGGGGUACUGAAAGUUUGGUGGCGAUAUCUCCAGCCGUUUGGGAGAUAUCGACCGAAAAGGACGGGGGGGGCGUUUCGGCCCCCCCUACGGGGCGCAGGCCUUAAAACUUACCUAAAAUCUAAUGGUAUGCCUGCCAUUUGGGUGUGCUUCAACCAAAAGGAUGCGUUGGUGGGCGAGAUCGGCGGCGCUGUUCGCCACGAUCAUCCUCCUGCUCUUCAGUCUGAGCUUCUGGAACCGCUGCGGGGGCGAGCCGGGCCCGCCCAGUACCGCCGCGCCGGCCGACUCCUUAACCAAGAGGAGACAGUCACAGCUUAAUCAUGAUACCGAAGGAAACGAUCUGACUGAUCUAAGAUGUGAUAUCAAUGAAGAGUAUUCAAUAGACUGUAAAAAGUCUGGGAAGGAAGUGUAUAUUCCUUUUAAGUUUAUCAAGAAAUACUUUGAGGUGUAUGGCCAGCUGUCUGAGCAGCACGGCCAGCCGGUGUUCCACUGGUCGCACAGCUACGGCCAGCUCUUCCCUCCCGAGGAGCCGUACAGGCCCGACGGACAGUUCAUGUACUUCGCCACCUACAACGUGGAGAAGCGCGACAGGGUCAAGUGCAUCAGCGGACCCGAAGGUGUUCCCGUCACCACUCAGUGGCGACCCUCGGGCUUCUUCUACGUGAUCCAGAUUGCCCAGUUCGGGCUAUCGCACUACUCCCGGAAUCUCACAGAGCCACCGCCGAAUUAUUAUGAGCUGCUGCCCAGCCGGAAUGGCGCCAGCUCAGGGGCGACAUUUAGCUGGGUCCGUGACUCCGAGCUCAACGAAGAUGUGGCCGAGUUCUCGCCGGCAAACCCAGUUACCAUCCCAGUGGACCGCUCUGGCAAGUCGCUGCUGAUGCUGGAGCUCCAGGUGUCCUCCAAUGCCACUGUCUGGGCAGACCUGCAGUUCCGCGACACGGCACUGGGUCGCUCCGUGCGCGUCCACUACGUCUGCUCCGACCUGAUGAUUGCAGCCCAGGGUUCGGACGUGUUUGUCGGGCUGGGCUCCAGCUGGAGCGGCUACAAGCUCUUCAUCCGCGACCUGACGGUGGACGCGCUGAAGGGUCUGGGCGGCCGCGGCCGGAACGCGCCCAAGCUGACGGCCCAGCGGCUGCGAGUGGUGCGGCUGGGUGUGUCGGGUGGCGGCCGGCUGCGCCAGCUGCGGCUGGCAUCCAGCGCGCACGCCGGUCAGACGGUCCAGGCGGCCGACUGGCUGCUGCGCCACCAGACGGCUGCCGGCGCGUGGACCGUGCCUGUGGAGCGGCGCCUCAAUAACCACAUGGUGCUGGCGCCCGACUGGAGCUCGGCCAUGGCCCAGGGACAGGCCAUGUCGCUGCUGACACGAGUCUAUCGCGCCACCGGAGACCGGAGGUACCUGGACGCCGCCCGGCGGGCCGCCGCGCCGUUCAACAAGGACAGCGCAGACGGUGGCGUGCGCACCAUGUUCCAGGACAAAUACGUCUGGUAUGAAGAGUACCCGACGGUGCCGGCCUCGAUGGUGCUGAACGGCUUCAUCUACUCGCUGAUGGGCCUGUACGACCUGUGGCGCACGGACCCUGAUCCAGCCGGCGGCGGGGCGGAGGCCGGCCGACUGUACACCGCUGGCGUGAGCUCUCUUCGCGCGCUGCUGCCGCUUUACGACACCGGCUCCGGUACGUUAUACGACCUGCGGCACGUCACGUGUCACGUGGCGCCCAAUCUGGCGCGGUGGGACUACCACGUGACGCACGUGAAUCAGCUGCUGGUUCUAGCCACGAUGGAGCCGAAUGUCACGCAGUUUAGCACCACAGCUGACCGGUGGGCCGAGUAUAUGAGCGGACACCGGGCGCCGCACAACUAGGCUGCGCCGACCGGUGGGGAGGGGCGGGACGAGUCGAUGGGGUUGCUGUGGUGCAGGGGAGAACAGUGCUUUGCAGUGGAAUAUAAUGAAGUACAGUGGGGUGGAGGAUACACUGCAGUGGUGAAGUGCAGUCAGUGAAGACAGUGUGGAUAUGCGGUGGAGAGGAGUUGGGUGAAGUAAUGUGAAAUGAAAUGAAGUGUAGUCAUUUGCAGUCGAUCUGUCCAUGGCGGGAUCCAGUGUGGUAGUGCGCGGUGGGGCGGCUGCUAUUCGCGUGUUAGUGGUGGCGGUCUGUAGUAGUGACCGCUCUGCUGUGUGUCCCCGAGGCCCGACCCUGUCCGUGUGUAUUGUGUGUGUCUCUCUGCGGGCGGUCCAACCCGGAGGGCGGGUCCGGAUGGGCGGCCGCUCCAGCUGGUCUGUGAUACGUCCGGCGCGCGCCACGCGGCUGUGCUCCUCCAAUGACUAACAACGUGACGCCGUCGGCGGGGUGGGUGGGUGCUGAGGGUGAACGGCGCGGUCUGCUACCGCGGGGGCGGGCUGACUGACCGUCGCGGGGUGGGUGGGGGAGGGGCUGUGAUGUCCCUUCUGACGUGUGACCACUCUGUCUAAUCAGGGGUCGCGGGGCAUUGUCUGACCAGACGCCGCGGUUCCGACUGGGUGACGUCAGAGCGCACCGAGGCCGCGGUUUGCGAACCGAUGUGACGUCGUAACGCGUGGCCAACAUAAUGAGCUACCAGGGAAUCUGAAGCUAUUGCUGAAAUGUGCAAUCUCAUAUUUUGAUCCAACUGUGUAUUGACCACUGUUGCCACGCGAGAUUGCAGAGACCCUAUGAACCAUACCCGGUUCCAGAACUUAGAACAUAUUUUACAGGGUGUAUUUUAUCUUUGUCAACUGGAAAAGUGUCUUGAAUGCUUUUACUAGCUCGCUAAGUAUUUACGUUGGACUUGCUUCGCUAAAUCUGUCUUUUCUAAGCUAAGCUUUUCCUUUUUCAUUUUACUGCAUAAUGCUUCCUCCUUUCACAGCUGAUCUCUCUUGUCACAAUAUGCACGCCGGAUGAAUUAUCGCUGUGAUAUUUCGCCCGCAAAUCAUGCUUAGUUCUGCUUUGUCGGGUAGAUGGACAUUGGGCGUGCCCGUCCAGGCACGUUUUGCUUAGUUGUAUUCGGGGCAUGAACAAUAAACUCAUUUGUCAGCUCA